AAUUUCCGAAUGGAAAUUAAAUUAUGAUGAUUUAGGUAGUUAGCUCUACUUUCCAAAAGUACAUGAUCCAAGAGAAAAAUUACUGACCCAUAAUAAAAGAAGAAAGGACGCUCCCCGCAAAAAUAAAGGGGAAAGGGAUAAAAGAGAAAAAAUAGGAGGAAAGAGAGAGACAUGGGGAGAGCGCGUGAAGUGUCCGCCGAUCAAAGGGGAGCCCCUUCCCUCCAACGCAAGCGAGCCAGGGUCAGCUAAAAUCCAACCGCAACGAACCAAAGCAGAGCACGCGAGCAGUUUCCAUUUCCGGCCAUCCAACCCUGGGGCGAGCCGAAAGCCCCCUCACCUCCAUUCCCUCCAUGGCAGCCACCCUCCUUUACUCCUCCCAUCCUCCCCCAGCCAUGGCAUUCAUUCACGCCCGCCCAUAAAGAUCGCCACCACCACAGGCCGCUGCUGCUCCCAAGCGCCCACACUCCACAGAGACAAGGGAGGAGGAGAGGGAGGAGUCCUCUGGGUCUGGGUCUUGGGUGCUCCUGGGUCCUCUUUCUUUCUACCCGGCGAGCGAGCAGCUUGUUGAGAUGGGGCGCGGGAAGAUCGAGAUCAAGAGGAUCGAGAACUCGUCCAACCGCCAGGUGACCUUCGCCAAGCGCCGGGCCGGGCUGGUGAAGAAGGCCCGCGAGAUCGGCGUGCUCUGCGACGCCGAGGUCGGCGUCGUCAUCUUCUCCAGCGCCGGCAAGCUCUACGACUUCUGGACGCCCAAGACCACGCUGCCGAGGAUCUUGGAGAAGUACCAGACCAACUCCGGCAAGAUCCUCUGGGAUGAGAAGCACAAGAGCAUCAGCGCCGAGAUCGACAGGGUGAAGAAGGAGAACGACAACAUGCAGAUCGAGCUCAGGCAUAUGAAAGGCGAGGAUGUGAACUCCCUGCAGCCCAAGGAGCUGAUCGCCAUCGAGGAGGCGCUCACCAACGGCCAGACCAACCUCAGGGACAAGAUGAUGGACCACUGGAAGAUGCACAGGAGGAAUGAGAAGAUGCUGGAGGAGGAGCACAAGCUGCUGGCUUUGAGGAUGACAUGCAUCAGCUUUUGCCAACUAGUGAAAUGGAGCAUAAUCAGGGCAUGUACAAUGGUGGCAUAUGGAUACAGAUGGCUCAUGACAAAAACACCAGCAGGACGACCUGAGCAGCGGCAUGAGGGAGAUGGAGCUCGGGUACCAUCAGGGUAGGGAUUUCACUUCCCAGAUGCCGUUCACCUUCCGGCUGCAGCCCAGCCACCCCAACUUGCAGGAAGACAAGUAGGCCAUCGAAUCCUGCCGUGGCCUGUGUGAACUGAAGCUCCUCUACCUGCAGGCCACAACUGCUAGCUUCAAUUUCCGUGUGCAACCUUAAAUGUAUCUUCCUUUUCAUGUCUGGCCUGAUGAACUUAACACCGCUAGUUGCUUCCCAACACAUAACUUUUAACUAAGACAGUUCCUGUCCCUGUCAAGAUGCUUGUAUAAUUGCUGCCUAUCCUGAUUACAGUGUGUCUUGUUAGUGA